CCAACAUGCACCCUCUUAUCCAUCUCUCCCUGCUUGUACCGCUGCUGCUUCUUCAAGUCCAGCAGGUGACCUCUGUGCAGGAGAUCCACACCAGCCAUGAGAACAUCUUAAAGAUCAACUCAGCAGGAGAAAUGAUGCAGUGCUCAGCAGCCAUGGAUAUCCUCUUCCUCAUGGAUGGUUCUUACAGCAUGGGAAAGGGCAGCUUUGAAAGGUCCAAGCACUACGCUAUCAAACUCUGUCAGGCCCUAGACAUCGCACCAGACAAGGUUCGAGUCGGUUUGAUCCAGUUUGGUUCAACUCCUCGGCUGGAGUUCGCCCUGGACUCUUAUACAACCAAACAAGAGCUGAAGAAGCAUAUGAAGAAGGUUUCUUACAGAGGAGGCAGCACCCAGACCAGCCUGGCUCUGAAGUACAUUCUGCGGAAAGGUUUCCCGGGGGGCCGAAACUCCUCUUCAGCAGCUCAGGUAGCCAUCCUCUUAUCAGACGGGAAGUCUCAGGGCAACGCGGUGCACGCGGCAGCUCAGCUUAAAGAGACAGGCGUGGUCCUGUUCGCUGUAGGCCUCCGCUACCCCAGGUGGGAGGAGCUACACGCUAUAGCCAGCGAGCCAAUAGAGAGCCACGUUUUCUUCGCUGAGCAUUUCUAUGACGCUAUCAAUGGCCUCUACACAACACUGUCCACCUUCUCCGUCUGCAACGCCACACCUUCAGGUUGUCAUGUGGAGGUGUUUCCCUGUGAGAGGAAGACACUGGAGACAGUCAAAGAGUUGCUCGGAAAUUAUAUGUGUUGGAAAGGAGCCAAGGGUUAUUCCCCAUACACGUCUCUCUGUCCACACUACAGGUACAACAAGGUGUACAAGAGACACCUGACAGUUUGUCAUCGGACCAUCUGUCCAGAGCCGUGUGACUCUCAGCCUUGCCUAAACGGUGGAACGUGUGUAUCAGAAGGUCCAGAGGAUUAUCGCUGCGUGUGUCCACCUGGCUACGGAGGAGACCCACACUGUGCUCCUGCUCUGUCUCUGGACUGCUCAGUUGACUUGCUCUUCCUGGUUGAGGGCUCCAACAAGCUCACCUUGGAGGGUUUCCUCCGCCUCAAGUCCUUCUUAAAGCGCUUCCUGCAGACUGUGGUCGGAUCCGACAGCCCCAGUAAAGUCGGCCUGGCCGUGUUCGGUGGAGAAACCAGAGUCGAGGCCCAUGUGGGAAAGUUUAAAGGAGACCUGAAGGGUAUGCUGAAGGCUUUGGAGGCGCUUCAGCCGAUCGGAGGAGAGACCCUGACAGGCCAGGCCCUCCGCUACGUCACUCGCAACGGCUUUGUUAGUGCGCCAGUGUUCGCUGAUGUCACAGACGAUCUGCCCCGCGUGGUGGUGCUGCUCAGCGCCACCCCUGCCGUUGAUGAUGUGGUGGAGCCUUCAAAAUAUGCCCGAGACAGAGAGAUCUUCCUGAUCGGGAUGGGUCCAGACUUGUUAAAGGGACAGCUCAAUAACAUCACAGGAAAUCCUCAGAGGACGAUCACCUACUCGGCUGCUGAGUUCAGUGCUAAAAUCCCAGAACUGAAGGCGAAGAUCUGCAGUGUGGACACCCAAGGGUGUCUGGGCCAAGCCGUAGACCUGGUCUUUGCUCUGGAUGCUUCAGCAGGCGUCAGCCACGAUAACUUUGUCACCCUUCGGGACUUUGUGCGCAGCCUCACCGUUCAGUUCGACAUCAACCGGGACGUGGCUCAGGUAGCUCUCGUGACUUACGGUCGGAGAGCCACCACCGUCUUCAACCUGGACACCCACGACAGCGGCUCCGCCGUCCUCAAGGCUGUGGUCGACGCCAACUACAUGGGCGGGGUGGCUUCAACGGGCACAGCGUUGCUUCAUAUCCACUCCAACGUCCUCACGGUGGCUAAAGGCUCUCGGCCUGGGGUCAACAAGGCAGUGGUGGUUGUGACGGACGGGUCUGGCGGGGAUGACGCUUUGGUCCCGGCUCAGAAGAUCAGAGACAACGGAGUGUCUUUGUUUGUAAUCGGUAUCGGAGAUGUGCAGAAAGAGAGGCUGCUGCAGAUCGCUGGCUCAGAGGAACACAUGAUCACUGUUCCGUCUUACGAGGACCUGAAGUAUUUUGAGGAUGUGCUGGUGCAGAUGUUGUGUUCAGAGGUGAAGAAGCCAGUUAACCUCUGCAAACCCAACCCAUGUAUGAACGAUGGGAUCUGCAUCCUAACUGGUGGAAGUUUCCGCUGUCAGUGCCAAGGAUUCGAAGGACCACACUGCGAAACAAGAAGCAGCAGGCCUUCUACCAGAGGAGAUCGUCCGAGGCCGGCUGGUUUGAAGAAGAAGAGCCGGCAGAAGAAAAGUCACCAGGAGCUUCUUCAUCACUACAAACUGCACCGCAGGCGGCACACUGCCUGAUACAGCGCACAGGGAAAAAAAACGACUAUACACAUAAAGUCUUUAUUGGACAUUUAACACCAGGGAUGUGUUCAGGUAUACGCUGGAGCAAGAGGAAAACUAUGGUUACUGUUUAAAUAUUUGAACUUGCACUCCGCAUCAGCAAGUGCCUUCAAACUGUGUGUGUUUCUACUGCAGUGAUCAUUUGUCACCUUUGUGUUGUGCAAUUUUGUCAGCUGUUGUUUCAAUCCCAAGAUGUAAACUUUAAUAUAAUAUCACAGUGUUUAUUCAUGUGAAGAUGUUAUUUUUUAUUGUAUAAUCACCCCCAACCCUGUUCCUCUUUGAAACUUUGGCAAAAAAAAGAUGCUUUAUACCAAGUUUAUUUUACAUUUUUAUAUAUUUAUAUAUUCCUUUCACCAAAGAAAUUUAAAAAAUAAGUGCAUAUGUUUUUUUUUAUUAUUAGUUAUACGAGUGCUUCUUAGUAAACUAUAAAACCGACAUUUUUUAUAGCUUUUAUAAGCCUGUUCCCUAUCACUUUUGGAAAAAAAAAAGAUCAAAGUCCUCCAUCAUCUAUACCACUUUUCUAGUUGGGGGUUGGGGAGCCGAUCCCAGCUGUCAUUGGGGCUGAGGGAGGAAGCCGGAGUACCCAGAGAAUGCAUGCAUGCUCGGAAAGAAGGUGCAAACUCCACCCAGAGAGGCCCUGUCCUGGGAUUUGAACC